AUGGCCGCUCAAGUGCCAGCUGCUUUGAAGACAGCCGACGUUACCCGCUUCGCCCACCGCGCAGCCCAACUCGAGAAAGCCAAACCUAUCAUAGCAUACUGGUGCGAAUACUGGAUCGUCAACCAAAUCCUGUCCAAAGGCCUGCACAAUGCGGAUCAAGAGAGCUUGGAAUACACUACAACUUUGAUGGACAAGCUGGAAAAGUUCAAAGCUGAACAUGCCCAAGAACCUGCGGUGACCGACGAUAUCGUGGGAAAAGCAUACGUGGAACAGUUUGGUCUAGAAACAUUUGAAAGAGCAGACAAUGCAGUGCGCGCCAACAAGGCUUCAAGGCAGACCGCAGACACUUUCCAAGCUUCGGCGACGUUCCUCGACCUGCUCCAGAUCUGGGGUGCCGUGGAACCCGAAAUUGGCGCCAAAAUCAAGUUUGCAAAAUAUCAUGCCUUGAGAAUAGCCAAAGCGUUGAAGGCCGGAGAAGAUCCAAAUUUGUCCAACCCCAAACCACAGACGCCAAGUGAGGAAGCUCUUCCUGCUCUCGACCCGGACGAUGCAGAGGUCAAGGCGUUAGAAGGAGGUAGGGAAGGCACCAGACCAAGACAACCAUCUGUCGUUGAAGUACCCGACGAGGCCGACAAGAUUCAAAGGAGUCUUGCACAGAAGUCGCUGCUUGAUGAAUCCUUACAUCCCUCUAGAGACACAUCAAUGCCACCUCCGGUCACUAAGCAACCUUCGGUCACUGACGUUCCUGACGAAGCAGAUCGGAUACAGAGCGAGCUUGCUCCUCAAUCAUCCAUCGACCAAUCUCUGCAUCCUUCAAGAACACCUUCUGUUCCCCUGGGGAAUGACGUUUCUCCUUUGCCAGAACAAGAUCCUGCUGCAUUUUACACCAAUCGGACCGAACCAGCUGAUGUCUCCCCACUGGAGCCUCCCUCUGAGCGAAAACCGUCAAUAGGAGGGAACUAUUUCCCUAUAGUACCGUCGGCUCCAGCAGCGCCCGCUUUCCCGUCACCUCCAGCAACGGUGGGCGGCACUGUGCCAGACUUGCCCUCAGCGCCUUCAAGUCUUGCGAAAGUGGACACCGAUAUUCCUCCAGCACCGUCAGAACCCUCUCUGACAUCCGCACGAAGCGAGCUAGGCGCCGCUCUCAAUCACCAGCUAUCUCGUCACCAAUCCCCUCCACUUCCACCUCACCGCCACGGCACACCUCUUCAACAAGCCCCAGUGGUCGAUCAAACUCCCCAGAUCCCUCCCAAUUUCCAACCUCAAGUCCCACCACCUCAGCUUCCAGUCAAUCCGCCACAAAUACGACAAGCCCGUGGUCCUGUCCCGCCUAUUCCUCACCCGCAGCAAGCGCCAGGUCCCAUAGCAGCGCCUUCGCCGAUUCAUCCUCCGCGGGUAGCAGCAGUCCCACCUGCACAGCCUCAACCAGUUAGUGUUGAGGUUGACGAAGAGGCGAUCUUGAAGGCCCAGAAGCAUGCCAGGUGGGCGAUCUCCGCCUUGAAUUUUGAGGAUGUGCCUACUGCCAUCGAGGAGUUGAGGGGAGCACUGGCCUGUUUGGGUGGGAUUUGA